UAUAUGAAAUUGAAGAAGUCAGAUCAAGAACAAUGCACUUGAGCGAGAACGAAGGGAUAGAAGACAAGACCUUCGUGGUCACUGGUGGACUCGGAUUCGUAGGAUCCGCUCUAUGCUUAGAACUUAUCCGAAGAGGUGCUGCUGAGGUACGAGCCUUCGAUCUCCGCACCUCUUCUCCUUGGUCUCAUGUUCUGAAUGACAAGGGCGUCCGUUGCAUCCAAGGGGAUGUUGUGCGGAAAGAAGAUGUUGAAAGGGCACUUCGUGGUGCCGAUUGUGUGUUCCAUCUUGCAGCGUAUGGAAUGUCAGGGAAAGAGAUGCUUCAAUUUGGUCGUGUUGAUGAAGUUAACAUAAAUGGGACUUGUCAUGUUCUUGACGCUUGCCUUGACCUUGGCAUCCAAAGGCUUGUCUAUUGUAGCACUUAUAAUGUUGUCUUUGGCGGUCAACGGAUCAUUAACGGAAAUGAGACUUUGCCUUAUUUCCCAAUUGAUAACCAUGUCGAUCCUUAUGGUCGCAGUAAAUCCAUUGCUGAACAGUUUGUUCUCAAGAAUAAUAACCGCCCUUUCAAGAGCAAAAGCGAGAAUCGUCUUUACACUUGCGCUGUUCGUCCAGCUGCAAUCUAUGGACCAGGUGAAGACAGGCACCUUCCAAGGAUCAUAACCACGGCAAGGUUGGGUUUGCUUCUGUUCAGAAUUGGGGACCAAACUGUGAAGUCAGAUUGGGUUUUUGUGGAUAACCUUGUCCUUGCUCUUAUAUUGGCAAGUAUGGGACUUUUGGAUCACAAUCCUGGCAAGGGAAAACAACCUAUAGCUGCUGGCCAGGCAUACUUUAUAUGUGAUGGUUCUCCGGUUAAUACUUUUGAGUUCCUCCAACCUCUGCUCAGGAGUUUGGAUUCUGAAGUACCAAAGACUUCCUUAUCUGUCGAUCACGCUCUUAUUCUUGGGAGGAUUUGCUGGGGUGUAUAUACAAUCUUAUAUCCAUGGCUCAAUCGGUGGUGGCUCCCUCAGCCAUUCAUCCUUCCCUCUGAAGUACACAAGGUGGGGGUGACCCAUUAUUUUUCUUAUCUUAAAGCCAAAGAGGAAAUUGGUUAUGUCCCUGUGGUGACCCCGCGAGAGGGGAUGGCCGCAACCAUAUCUUACUGGCAAGAGAGGAAAAGGAAAACUCUGGAUGGGCCUACAAUCUACCCGUGGCUGUUUUCUAUCAUUGGGAUGAUCUCACUGUUUUGUGCUGCUUUUUUGCCUGACAUUGGGAUUGUGUUCCUUCUCAGAGCAAUUUCUCUGUUCAUCUUUCGGUCAAUGUGGAUGACAAGGAUGGUGUUUUGUCUAGCUACACUUGCACAUAUCUUUGAGGCCGUUUAUGCUUGGUUCCUGGCUAAAAGGGUUGAUCCUGCGAAUGCAAGAGGCUGGUUUUGGCAAACUUUUCUUCUUGGUUAUUUUUCGUUGCGUUUUCUGUUGAAAAGAGCAAGGAAAUGACUUGUACAAUAGUUACAUUUUGGGGAAUGAAUUCUCUUGCUUUUGAUUGCAUGAUAAAAUGGAAACCACCUGUAUAUUUGAAUAACUACUCGCUAAGGUAAAGUUAUCGAUAACAAAAGAUUUUUAUUGCAGAAAUAAAGACUGG